GCUAAGCAAUGCUAUAUAAGAUGAUCGUACGGCGUGCGAACUUAGUCAUUCUCUUGGCAACUCCGACGAUACAACUUAAUUGAUUGUGCAUUGAUUGGAAUUAUUUAUAUUUUCCGUACUCUUAAGAGUACUUGAUUUCUUAUUUUAAAAAGACAACCAACUGGGCAGGUAAUGGAUAUCAAGGUCAUUGCGUGUGUUGUUUUGAUCCUCGUGAGUAUGAGUGAAGGUGAUCUGGGCGUGCCAUUGAGGGAUCUUACCAACGGCAAGUUUCUCUAUACUCACGAAUCAAGGAUACGGAAACGGGAAGCACUUGGUGGCGAUGUUAAUACAAAAAAAACUAUUAAAUCUAAUGAAGCAAUACCUGACUAUGACUCUGCUUUGGAUCCUAUUGAACCCUCGCCGGAUGCUGAUGAUAAUUAUGAUCCUUAUACCGAUCCUCCUCCAGAACCUACCACUGCGAAACCUAAAACUAAACCACCUACUAAAAAUCCGGUUAAGUCGCCGUCGAAACGACCUAGUCCUGGGGUCAAAAGUCCGCCAGCUAAACCUAAAAAUCCUACGACACCCAAACCAGCUCCAACUCCUGAUCCUGAUACUAUGAGUAAUGAAGAUAAGCCUGAAAUACCGGAGGAGUCUCCUGAUGAGCCUGAAAAACCGGUUGAAAAGCCGGAAGAUCCGAAUAAAGUGGAUGAAAGUAAAGAGGAGCCUGUAAAGGGUAAAAAAAGUCCUAAAAAUAAGAAUCCUGUUGAGAAACCGGAGCAUCCGAAUAAGAAACAGGACAGUCAACCUGAACCUGAAGAUGAUAAAGAGCCUGAAACUCCUGAGGGGGAAAAUGAAAAUCCGGAAGAAGAACCUGAAAGUCCUAAGGAAGAAAAUGAGAAUCCGGAAGAAGAACCGGAAAAUCCAGAGGGUGAAAACGAGAAUCCUGAAAAAGAGCCCGAAAAUCCUGAGGAAGAAGAACCUGAAAGUCCUGAGGGAGAAAAUGAGAAUCCUGAGGAAGAACCCGAAAAUCCUGAAGAAAAACCAGAAGAAGAACCAGAAAAUCCUGAGGGAGAAAAUGAGAAUCCAGAAGAAGAACCUGAAACUCCUGAGGAAGAAAAUGAAAAUCCGGAAGAAGAACCUGAAAGUCCAGAUGACAAUGAAAAACCUGAAGAAGAAAAUGAACAGCCUGAAGAAGAUAAUGAUUCACCAGACGAACCUGUUAACAAUAAAAAAACUCCACAAAGUAGGAGUAAACCUGACAAACCUAAAAGUAACCCUAAUAAUGCUAAGGGAGCUAAAAAUAAGCCCCAAAAGCCUAAAGAUGAUAAUAAAUCCGAAGAACCAUCUGACAAUGAAGAGAAACCUGAAGACAAACAACCAGAUGAGCCUGUAAACAACACAAAACGCCCGAAAGAUAAUAAGAAUAAACCUAAACCUCCUCGAAACAAUAAAAAUAAACCUCAAAAACCUGCUGAAGAUGAAGAUAAACCGGAAGAACCUACUGACAAUAAUGAAGACCCAACAGAUGAUGAAGGUAACUCUGAAAACCCAGAAGAACCAAAUGAUAAUGAUAAUGAACCUGAAGAUGAACAACCUGAUGAGCCUAAUGAGCCUACAAAGAAUACCAAAAGUCCAAAAGACAAUAAAACUAAACCCCAACCUUCUAAAACUAAUAAAAAUAAGCCAAAACAGCCUGAAGAUGACGAAAAGCCAGAAGAAUCUACUGAUAGUGAUAACGAGCCUGAAGAACCAACAGAAAGCGAACCCGAAGAACCAAAUAACGAGGAAGAAGAACCUGAAGAGCCUGCAGAAGAGGAGGAGCCCACAGAAAAGCCUAAAACCAAAAAACCUCAAAAACCAAGAACUGAUGUUAAAUCUCGUCCUUCAAAUAGACCAGCUACAAGACCUCCUCCGCCUUUUCCAACAUCAGAACCCGAUGAUGAACCAUCUCCUCCAACUCGUCUAACCACUAGACCACCUCCGCCGUUCUCCAGGCCAAAGCCAGCACCUAAACCCCAAAGACCAACGCGUAGAACACCUACCACCGAAAGUCCUGAAGUUGAUGACGAAGAUCAACCAGAUCCUAACGAAGAAGACCAACCAAACGAAGACCCAGUCACUGAACCACCAGCCGUAAAAGGUCCAAAACGACCUGGCGUUAAAAAUACUUCGAAACCCUCUCCAAGACCUACGCCACCGAGCCAAAGUCCUUCACCAACCAGACCAACCAAAAGGAAACCCAAAACCACUACCACUACCACUACUCCUGCUCCUGAUGAUGAAGACGAUACUCCUGAUACUGAUACUGAUCCAGAAGCUUCGGAACCAGAAGAAGACGAAUAUAUCCGUACGACCACUCCUAAACCUAAACGACCUUCCGGAACUAAGCGACCAACCACUCGACGACCUCCUAAACGUCGCACCACUACUACACCUGCUCCUGAAGAGGAGGAGGAGGAGGAGCCAGAAGAAGAAGAGCAACCCGAGGAGCCUGAAAAUCCUGAAGACCCCGAUUCAAAUCCGGCUCCAGACUUUUCUCCAAGGUUUGGUGAAGACCAUGAAGAAGAUCCCAGUUCUUCAAACCCUUCAAAGUCUCCAUCACAGCCAGACAAUUCAGCGUACCCACAAAAUCCUUUCCUCAACCCAAACAUGGGAGCUGGCAGUUUCGCGUCUGCUAGCGCAAGUGCAAGUGCAAAUGCUAAUGCUAAUUCCAAUGCUAAUGCCAAUGCCAAUGCUAACGCAUUCUCAUCAGCAACAGCACAAGGUCCCUGGCCCGACUAUGUGCUGAGAAAACUCCCUCCAAACCUGCGUCCCGACAAUUUCAACCCCAACCUUCCCUACCCCAUGCAACCGAGAAAUAAUUUCCCAAACAACCAAAACUUUGGCACAAAAGGUUCUCCCUCUAUUUCUGCACCUCCUUCUCAAUCUAAUCCAAAUUACACCCCAAUCAUCAGUAUGUCCGGCACAUUCGAUUUAAAUGAUCCUUCUAAACGCAAAAAUCCUUUCUUGCCCGAUCGCAAAAGCAGUGGCCCUAACGGUUAUGGUUCUCCGCUAAACUCAAACCCAAACAAUAACAAAAACAACAAUAAUAACAAUAUUGACGGUAAAAAAAAUUCAAACAACGGGAAUAAUCCGGCAGGAGCCGGUGCACAGAGUUACGCAAGUGCCAGCUCAAAUGCCUAUGGAGGGCCUGGACCUUUCGGCGGCUUCGGACCUUUCUCAUCCCCGUUUAUUAGCGGAAGAUUCGGUGGAAAUGAUAUCAACGGAUUCCCGUCCUUAGGAUACCAAAAUGACUGGCUGGAAAAAGUUCAGCGUCAAAACAGAGAGUGGUUAGAAAAAGUUCAAGCCCAAAAUGCGGCAUUUAACCGUCAAGCCGCAAACAACCAAGGUCCUGGCGCGUGGGCGAUCGGUUCUGCUUCUAUAACCGAUUCUGCACCAAUGCGUCCCGACACUAGAGUUUUCACGCGUACUCAUGUUACGUAUCCCUUGGUGAUGGGUACACCUUUCCCCGGAGGCUACGAAGGUCUGCCGCAGUUUCCUUCUAGAUUUGGGAACAAUGGAUUUAGCGGUGGAUUCAGCUCUGGAGGCGGCUCUAGUAGCAGCUCCAGCAGCAGCAGCAGCUCUGAUGGCACUCUUGGUGGUAAUUUUGCUUCUAGCUCCGGUGGUGAUUCCGGAGGAGCUUGGGCUUCGGGCAUCGCCAGUUCUGGAACUCAAGGAAGUUAUCAAGCUGGUGCUUUUGGACCCGCAAAUCCCGAUAUAACAUCGCGAUUCGCUGAUAACUUACAACCCACCGGUGGCCGUCCAGGUGGUGAUUCACACAGCUCUUUCUCAAGUUCAAGUUCAAGUCAACGCAGGGGACCUGACGGUAAACUCGUCUCUUAUAAAGAAGUAAUUACUGGAACUGAUGACAACGGAAAGAAGGUCGUCCAUGCAAUCCACAGUUAAUAAACAUAUUUUGUUUGUUAAUUUAAAAAAAUUCAAUAAGAAUUUUUUUUUAAGUAUUUCAAUUAAUUUUUUAAAAAAAGUUUUAUGUAUUUUAUUACUUGUUG